AUGUACGCCGGCAUCAAAACCGACACCGGCUCCACUCCCACCAAGACGGCUCCGCUGAAGUCCAAGACAGGAGAGAUCAUUACAGACCAGGGCAAGCAGCUAGACCGCUGGGUGGAGCACUACCUGGAGCUGUAUGCAACCCAAAACGUGGUGACGGGUGCCACCCUGGAUACCCUGCCCAGUCUCCCAGUCAUGGAGGAGUUGGAUUCCUCACCCUCUGCAGAAGAACUCGGAAACGCCAUCAACUGUUUCUCCUGCGGGAAGGCCUCUGGGAAAAGCUGGUUCCCAUCAGAAGUUCUGAAGAGUGGCAAGCUAGCUCUACUGCAGCAACUCCACGAGCUUCUGUGCCUGUGCUGGGAGAAAAGCCACAUCCCUCAGGAUAUGCGAGAUGCUAACACUGUCACCCUCUAUAAGAAUAAAGAUGACCACAUCGACUGCAAUAACUACCACGGCUUUUCCCUCCUCGGCAUCGUCGGGAAAGUCUUUGCUCGCGUCGUCUUACCACGCCUGCAGAGCCUCGCCUCCCGUGUGUACACCGAGUCGCAGUGUGGCUUCAGGGCAGGCCUAUCUACAGUGGAUAGGAUCUCACUACGCCAGCUGCAGGCGAAGUGA